AUGGCCAACAUCAAUGAACGCAAUGUUUACUUCGGCACGGACUCGUUGAAGAAAUACUUCAAUCCUGACUCUCAGCCUCCUCUGCCUCUUGUAGAGCUGCCACCACAUCUGAACCCUUAUUAUGAAGAUGGUGUACGCAUCUAUGCUAAAAUGAUGACUAUGCAUCCAGCGAACAAUGUAAAGGCAAUGCCAGCAUUGAACAUGCUCGAGUCUAGUGUUGUACCUGGACAGACAAACCGAAUCAUUGAGUACAGCUCCGGCUCAACGGUGAUUUCCAUGUCAAUGGUGGCCCGAGUCAUGCACGGUGUGAAUGAUACGCGGGCUUUCCUAAGCAACAAGACCAGCGACGCCAAAUUGAAGUUAAUGCAGUUUUUUGGACUGGAUAUCACUCUCUUUGGCGGGCCUUCCCAGCCAGAACCGGUUGAUGAACGAGGCGGGAUCCAAAACGCCCGGCGAACAGCCCUAGAAUCCGACUCAAUCGUCAACCCAAACCAAUAUGAAAACAACAACAACUGGCAAUCCCAUGUCCGCUGGACAGGACCCCAAAUAUUCAAACAAUUACCUGAAAUCAAUGUCCUUUGCGCCGGCAUGGGCACGUCAGGCACAAUGACCGGGCUGGGCACCUACUUCAAAGAUGUCAAACCAUCGGUCUACAGAUUGGGUGUUUGCACAGCUCCCGGCGAUAGGGUACCCGGACCAAGGUCCUACGCUCUAAUGCGGCCAGUCGAGUUUCCGUGGAAAGAUGCUGUGGAUACGAUUGAAGAAGUCGGUUCUAUGGAAUCUUAUACUCUAUCCUUGAAUCUGUGCCGCGAGGGACUAGUCUGCGGCCCCUCGUCCGGGUUCAAUCUCCAAGGACUAUUCCAGACAUUGGAAAAGCGCAAAGCCGCUGGAACGCUAUCUGAGCUCGCGGGUCCGGACGGAAUAAUUCACUGCGUGUUCCUAUGCUGCGACCUGCCAUAUCAGUAUAUCGAUGAGUACUUCCAAAAGUUGGACGAGAACUCAUUCCAUCCAAUCCGAAAUGAGCGCCUAACAAAGGUCGACCUCCACCGGUACGAUGAAAGCUGGGAACGCGAAGCCCUAGAAGUUCUACCAGAAUUCUACAGCUCUCCAACUCAAACAACAGACCUCGACGAAAUAAUUCUAAAGCCACAAUCCCAAGUACUCGAUCUCCGCCAAAGCACUGACUAUAACAUCUGGCACCUCCCAGGCUCAUUGAACAAACCCCUCACCAGCCUGGGGCCACACACCCCAUCACCGUUCUCGGAUGCAGGGGUCCUCGAGGCGCAAUGGGUGGAGAUGGAGAAGAUGUUCCACGACGUAUCUAAUCUUCGACACGUUCUCGUAGUGUGCUAUAAUGGAGAUUCGGCACGCGUGGCUACGAGCGUGCUUCGGGCCAAAGGUCUCGAAGCGGAUAGUGUAUGCGGUGGGUAUGGUGCUUUGAAGCCGUUUAUUGGGGAGAGGGUCAUUGGAAAGUCGCUGGGGGCUACUGUUUCCGUCCAAGCGGUGCCCCUUGAAUAA